AUGUCGACUAUUACUGAAGAGCCUCUCAUCACUCCAGGAGACAUCGUUGCCGUGCGCCAUGGCACCAAAGGAAGGACCGAAGGUCUAGUUAUCGGAUCUCACUUCGACUACGCUGGCCGCCAAAUCAUCGAGGUGCAGCUCGACGGCGAAGUGUACAAUGCCUGGCAAGUACCCGACCGUCACUCGCGUCCGACGCACCAUCUCAUACACCCGCCCGACGAUCGACCGCCGCCGCACCAUCGACCGCAGGGUCUACUGGUGAUCGUCGACGGCCCGACCCAACCGCCCCGCGGCCUUUCCCAAGUCCAACUCGAACUCUGGAUUCACAACACACGAUUUCAUACACGAUUCUCUUACGCCGCCACCACGGUCCACCGCUUCCUCGUGGCGUUCCUGGCUAAGCUACUUUGGAAAUAG